AUUGUACCUUGUUUUAUUUCUUUUCCUCUUCUUCACCCUCUCUCUUCCACUGGUCCCAUCAAUGUUGUAAACUCCUUUCCUUGCUUUUUCUUCUCCUCACUCAUUUCCCCUCAUUCAACCACACACCAACACCUGUCACUCAUUCAAAACUCUCAUGACGCAAUCCCAAUCCACCGCCGCUACUUCUCCUCCCUCUCGCGUCCUCCUCAUCUCCGCCGGCGCCAGCCACUCCGUCGCUCUUCUCUCUGGGAGUGUUGUGUGCUCGUGGGGUCGCGGAGAGGAUGGACAGUUAGGCCAUGGUGACACCGACGAUAGGCCUUUGCCUACGCAGCUCAGUGCAUUGGAUGCUCGAGAAAUAGAUUCCAUUGCCUGUGGAGCUGAUCACACUCUUGCCUACUCCGAGUCACGGAAUGAACUCUAUAGUUGGGGAUGGGGUGAUUUUGGAAGGUUGGGUCAUGGUAAUUCUAGUGAUUUGCUCAUUCCUCAGCCUAUUGUAGCAUUACAAGGUCUAAGGAUAAAGCAAAUUGCAUGUGGGGAUAGUCAUUGUCUGGCAGUUACCAUGGAAGGCGAGGUUCAGAGUUGGGGGAGGAAUCAAAAUGGUCAACUUGGACUUGGUACCACAGAAGAUUCUCUUGUUCCACAAAAGAUUCAGACAUUUCAGGAAAUACCUAUCAAAAUGGUUGCUGCAGGCGCAGAACACAGUGUAGCUAUUACUGAAAACGGAGAACUGUAUGGAUGGGGUUGGGGCCGAUAUGGAAAUUUGGGGUUGGGAGAUAGAAAUGAUCGCUGGAUUCCUGAGAAAGUUUCUUCUAUUGAUUGUGACAAGAUGGUCAUGGUUGCUUGUGGUUGGCGGCAUACAAUAUCUGUUUCAUCUUCUGGUGGCUUAUACACAUAUGGGUGGAGCAAAUAUGGCCAGUUAGGUCAUGGAAAUUUUGAGGAUUCUCUAGUGCCUCACAAGCUUCAAGCCCUGAGUGACGAGUUAAUCUGUCAGGUAUCAGGUGGUUGGAGGCAUAGUAUGGCACUUACAUCUACUGGACUACUCUAUGGAUGGGGUUGGAAUAAGUUUGGACAGGUUGGAGUCGAUGACAAUGUUGAUCGCUGCUCACCUGUACAAGUGAAGUUUCCCCAUGAUCAGAAAAUAGUCCAGAUCUCAUGUGGGUGGAGGCACACAAUUGCUGUAACUGACAAGAACAACGUAUAUUCUUGGGGAAGAGGAACAAAUGGCCAACUUGGGCAUGGGGAUACCAUUGACCGGAAUUCUCCAAAGAUAAUUGAAGCUUUGAGUGUGGAUGGAUCUUCUGGGCAGCAUAUAGAAUCCUCUAACACAGAUCUUUUGUCAGGGAAAAGCGGUGCCUCCUUAUCUGUGAGAUAUGCAGUUGUUCCGGAUGAAACUGUCUCAGGACAAACUGCUAGUUCGAGCAGUGGAGAUAGGCUUGAUAUCAGUGUCCCUGAAAGUGAUGUCAAACGGAUCCGAGUUUGAUGAGCCACAUUUCCCUUAGGCUGCACACUAUUGAUGUCUCUGUCUCUGCCUCUACCUCAUCAGUUCACUGGAGCCACUCAGAUGCCACUAGUAAUUUGGCUUUCACAGUAGUAAUUGUAAAUUGUAGCAUAUGAGAAAUAACAGGAACAUAUUCUUCAACACACUUGUUUUAGCACGCUCUUCACUCUUGGCUAGAAUUUGUUGAGACUCAGGACUUAGGAGUGAUACUUGUGAUAUAAAAAAAAAUGGAGAUCCCGUGUUGUUUUGAGUCCUAACAAAUUUCAGUUAAUAUCAGAGUCAAAGAAUAUUAAAAAAGAUGUUGCAAACAUUCAAGAAAGAGUGUGAGAAACAUUGCAUCUGAUGUCCUUAUUAUGUAUUUACCAAACAUAUAUACUUUUAAUGUAUCCUAAUUUAAAUUUUUUUAUUUCAAACUAAUUUAUGAUGCUGCGA